AUUGUUCGACAGUUAGAUGGCUGAUUAUUAGGUUUAUUCUCAGUUUGUUAUACGUUGUCAGUUUCACAUGAUUUUACUGUGUUGUUUUACGGAUCUAUACCAUAGCUAUGAACAUUUUCUUAGGCUACAUUUAAGAACCAAACGGAAUGAUUUAGGGUUCUUUUAAUCUAGGCAUUCGCAUAACCUCUUUCACUGCAUGCUUUUUUCUUUUUGGAGUUAUAGUUACUCAUUCGGGACUGCAAUCGAACCAAUUUUAGGCUACACUUAUAAUGUUAUUGAUCAUGAAAUGAUAUUGACGAAUUGAGUUGAGUGGGGUAGCUACAGAGGAGACAGUAACACAACCCUUCUGUGGCUAAAGGAGGAAAAUGUCAAGUGUUCUGGUGGAUUUGCAAAACUUCAACCAGAAACCCCAAAUCGGCUCUCUUUGUGACUGUGGUCCAGAAAAUGAAAAGGGAGAUUCAUUCACUGAGCCAUAUGCACUGACAAAAACACCAAGAAAGCAGCCUGUCUCUCACACAUUAUCAACUGAGCCAACAUACAAGAUGGGGUCUCUGACAACGCCCACAAAAGGAAAAGAUAGUCCUGCUUGUGAACCCUGGACCCCAACCUCUAACCUGAAGAUCCUGCUCAGUGCUGCAAGUCCGGAGAUCAGGAACAGAGCAAAGGAGCUGUGUGGCAACAAAAUGGAAAUUGCGGAGCCCUGCAACUGUUCUCAGGAGCCUGCGUUUGAGGAUGAAUCUGAAAAACUGCCAAUAAGUCGGAAAGAGAAGAGCCUGGGAUUACUCUGUCAUAAAUUUCUUGCGCGAUAUCCGGAUUAUCCCAACCCUGCGCUCAGCAACAAUAUUUGUCUUGAUGAUGUGGCUGGGGAACUUAACGUGGAGAGGAGGCGCAUCUACGACAUCAUGAACGUGCUGGAGAGCCUGCACAUGGUCAGCAGGCUGGCGAAAAACCGCUACACCUGGCACGGUCGGGCCAACCUGCCCCAAACGCUGGCCAUGCUGAAGAAGGUGGGGGACGAUCAGAAGUACGGCGAGCAGAUGCAGCAGAUCAAGCAGAAGGCUUUUGACAGGGAUUUUGAUUUUGAUGGAGAGGAGAAGGAGAACGAGGGCGUGCAGAGUCUACCUGACAAGGAAAACGAAUGGGGGCAGAAGGAAAUGCUCUUUGUGGAACUCCCUGGUGUGGAGUUCAGAGCAGCUUCAGUCAACAGCCGCAAGGAUAAGUCGUUGAGAGUAAUGAGCCAGAAGUUUGUCAUGUUGUUCCUCGUCACCGCCCCUCGGGUGGUCAGUCUUGAAGUUGCUGCAAAAAUCCUCAUCGGCGAAGACCAGGUUGUAGACCUCGACAAGAGCAAGUAUAAAACCAAGAUCCGCAGGCUGUAUGACAUCGCAAAUGUACUGAGCAGCCUCCAGCUGAUCAAGAAAGUCCAUGUCACAGAGCUGAGGGGUAGGAAGCCUGCCUUCACCUGGACGGGCCCUGAGGACUUUCCAAGCAUCAAAGAGACCUCAAGUUCCUUGUCUGCUGGAGCAGGCACUUUGCAGUCCUUGGAGAACUGUACGAAAAAUCUUUUCCCCUCGUCUGGAGCGAAGCGCGGUUUCACUCGACACCCUUCUCUGAUCAAGCUCGCAAAGAGCAUUCAGGACGACCGCAGGAAAAUCAGCUCCGCGCCCACCAGCCCCAUUAAAGUAAAUCCAAGUGACUCGGAGUCCUAUCCAAGCAAAAUGGAUCAACUGGCUGCCAUCUGCAAAAUUCAGUUGGAUGAACAAUCAAAGAAAAGUGUAAGAAAAAAUCGUCCUGCAGUAAAUGCUGAAAAGAUUGAGGGAAGGAAAACGGAUGAAAGUACUGGAGCAGCUGAACCAGUGUUACCCGUUGAGGCAAACGAUGACCGUGUGGCUCAAGUGCAAUACCCAGUCCAGCCUGCGAGGGCGCUGUCGUGCAUACCGGUGCUGCUACCUCAACAUGCUAUGGGCGGGUCCUAUGCUGUCUACAUGCACCCCUCCUCUGUGAAGCCACACCCCUCUGGCAUGGCUGUGCGGUCCAUGACGUUUGAAGAAAUGGUGGGCGGAAGCCCAAGCCAUCCCACCAAUGAGAGCAGCAUGCUGGAGAAAGCCAGUGAAAAAAAUACGGCCGUUGGUGAGAUGCAGACAAUCAAUCCUCAGCUUCAAAAACAUGAGUCCACCCGCUCACCCAAAAGCCCAGCCUCUGCUCUCAAAAGGCCCUGCACUGAAGUUGCUGUGAAUAGUCCUUCCAAAGCCUUGAAGACCAAACAUAUUUCACAGGGCUCCUCCCCCGAUCAGGUCAAACUGAGUGAGAUGCGGGCCCGGCUAAAGGCUCGGAGGGGUGUGGUCCCCAACCGGCCGUCCCCCCGGGCACUGCACCUGGACCCCGAGUUCGUCAACACGCCCGAGAGCGCGGAGGCGGAGAGGCUGGACCGCAGCGUGGAGAAGUUUCUGGAGAAGGAGGAGGUGCUCUCUCCCUCCGACCGAGAAGCGGGCCUUACCCCCCUCCGAGCCGUCCCUCUGCAGGAAAUCACUGUGCUUCCAGGCCACCUGCACAAUGAGGCCCUGAUACCAACGGGCUAUCUGAUUCCCAUCUCCCAUCAGUCACUCAUCCGCUUCAAGGACCCUCACUGUCUUAGUGGGGAGACUGUGUAUGCCUCUGUCCCCAACCACAAUGUGCACCGUACCCCCACUGCAGGGUCGAUGCCGGUCGGUGCCCAGGAAUUCACCCCCACCAGAUUCCCCGUCCAGCGGGCCUCCGCCGUGUCCAUCUCCCCGAUGGCGGCUCUGGGCCAGCCGGGUCCCUCUCCGCUCCCCGGCCAGCGCAUGCAGAGCCCCAGCCCGGCCAUCCUCAACUUCACCCUGCAGAACCUGGGCCUGAUCCCCGCGGGCAGCCCGGGGAGCAUGCCCCCGGCACACAGGCAGGCCAGCCCCGUGCCCACCCAGCUGGGCCUCCAGCAGGGAGGCGUGAUCUUCGUCAAGCCCAUGUCCCCCAUGCCCCUCCAGCACCCCUCGCCCGGGCAACCCCUGGCCCUCCUCAGUUUACAGCAGCCUCUAAUGGGCACGCCCAAAGGGACCCAGCCCAUCCAGCAGAGUUUCUUCCACACCCCGGGCUCGACACUCUCCCCUCUGGCCGCCGUGGUGACCUCCACCGGCCAGACCGCCUGCAAGACCGCUUACAUCCCCCAGAGGAAACUUGAAAUCAGCACUGAAGACGCCUUGUGUAAAGAGCCCGGCUGCUAAACGACCUGCGUCAAUGAGCCCGCCAGAGCGCUGGGCAAUAGAAACCAGUUUGGUUUGGUGCUGCCCGUUACUGUCUGUGUUACUGUGGUGUAGGUCAGUGGUGUGAACACUGCCGCCAUUCAGGAAGCCGUGCAGUAUUCAGACCUGCCCGCUGUCUGCCUUUUGCGUACCGAGUACGCAUUUUAAGGGCCAAAUGUGUGGAUUCGAUGGCUUUUCAGAAACUUGAAAUUUGGCUAAUAAUAAUAGGGUUGUUGAUUUUCAAUUUGCCUGUGGGUUUUUUUAAAGAAAGUUUUCAUUACUUGUCAAAUUUAUGUACAAUGAAAAUAUGUGUGAAAAUAUAUUCUUUUUUUUAUUUUUUUUUAUUUUUACCCAUUCCUGCAGCAGAUGAAAUCAUCCACAGAAAGCGUUAUUUUAUGUCCCGAGUUGAACAUGGUGCUUGCAUUAAAGUGCCAUAGAGAUGUCUGUUACACAAAACUGUAGUGGGCAUCUGGUGAAAAUUUUGCAUGUUAAUUAAACAUACCAAUUACAAUUUUGCACAUUUGUAAUGUUAACUGUUACCUUGAAAGUAUCAAUUGUAUGUAAUAAAAUGUUUAUGAAUGUGAUGAUUAGCAAGUAGAUCAGGCAGUUAAUUUAUAGUAAACGUAUUGCUUUGCAUUCACCAAAUAAAAUAUUGUUUUUA